UCCGAGCAUUCCUCGCAUCGCUCGCGCCGAGUCCCCGCUCCCCGCACCGUGUCCGGCCCUCCCCGGGGUGCCCCCCCGCCAGCAGCUCCGCGGACAAUAGGCAGAGUGGGAGAAGUUGCUGCUGCUCAGCUUUGUGGGGUGUCCUCCGCCCGCCGGGGGCUGCUCCUCUCCCUCCAAGUUCAAGUGACAAAGUGUCAGGAAUCAGCGGAAUCCCGGAGAAGAGCGGAGAAAGCUCCCAGAAAAUCCCACAGGAUUCCUCCCUGCAAACUUCCCUUCUGGUUUCUCUUUGUCCAGCGUCCAGGCUUCGGCUUGGAGAACCCAACCGCCACCAUGGAGCCCAGUAGUUGGAGCGGCAGCGAAAGUCCUGCCGAAGAUAUUGAAAGAAUGAGCGAUUCUGCUGAUAAACCCAUGGACAAUGAUGCAGAGGGUGUCUGGAGCCCGGAUAUUGAGCAGAGCUUUCAGGAAGCGCUCGCUAUCUACCCACCAUGUGGGAGAAGGAAAAUUAUACUGUCAGAUGAAGGCAAAAUGUAUGGUAGGAAUGAAUUAAUAGCGCGAUACAUCAAGUUACGGACAGGGAAGACGCGGACCAGGAAGCAGGUGUCUAGUCACAUACAGGUCUUAGCAAGGAAGAAAGUUCGUGAAAUCCAAGCCGCCAUUAAGGUGUCUAGUCACAUUCAGGUUCUUGCCAGAAGGAAAUCUCGUGAUUUUCAUUCCAAGCUGAAGGUGACAAACAUGGAUCAAACCGCCAAGGACAAAGCAUUGCAACACAUGGCAGCCAUGUCCUCUGCCCAGAUUGUGUCCGCCACCGCCAUUCACAACAAGCUGGGACUACCAGGGAUUCCACGUCCAGCCUUUACUGCUGCACCCGGGUACUGGCCAGGAAUGCUUCAGACGGGGCAGCCGGGCUCUUCACAAGACAUUAAGCCAUUUGUCCAGCAAACGUAUCCCAUCCAGCCAGCAGUCACAGCGCCUCUUACAGGGUUUGAACCCACCGCUCCCCCUGCCUCAUCAGUCCCUGCAUGGCAAGGGCGGUCCAUCGGCACAACAAAGCUUCGACUGGUGGAAUUUUCAGCAUUUCUAGAGCAGCAGCGGGACCCGGAUGCAUACAACAAACACCUCUUUGUGCACAUUGGACAAGCCAAUCACUCGUACAGCGACCCUCUGCUUGAACCCGUAGACAUCCGCCAAAUUUAUGACAAAUUUCCAGAGAAGAAAGGGGGCUUAAAGGAACUCUUCGGAAAAGGGCCGCAAAACGCAUUUUUCUUAGUGAAAUUCUGGGCCGACCUAAACUGCAAUAUUCAGGAUGACGCCGGGGCAUUUUAUGGGGUAACAAGUCAGUACGAAAGCUCAGAAAACAUGACCAUCACCUGUUCCACUAAAGUCUGCUCCUUUGGUAAACAAGUGGUGGAGAAAGUGGAGACAGAAUACGCAAGGUUUGAAAAUGGCCGAUUUGUGUACAGGAUAAACCGCUCUCCAAUGUGUGAAUAUAUGAUUAACUUCAUCCACAAACUGAAGCACCUCCCGGAGAAGUACAUGAUGAAUAGUGUGUUGGAAAACUUCACUAUUUUGUUGGUGGUAACAAACAGGGAUACGCAGGAAACUCUACUGUGCAUGGCAUGUGUAUUCGAAGUGUCAAACAGCGAACAUGGAGCACAGCAUCAUAUCUACAGGCUGGUAAAAGAAUGACUGUAGACCGCCAUUCACUCCGUACACUAGACACACACUAAAAACAACGGAGACUGACUAAACCUCAACACUAGUGGCAGCGCCUACGGCCACCCAGCGUUUCUCCGCUCUGUUCAUUUCCGUGACGUCAUUUCUAACAUGUUUAUAAAUUAAUUGUAUCUGUGAAACAUUACGGUUUGUAAAGAUUUCUUAAAAAAAAAAAAGAGGAAAAAAAUAAAAAAAAAUAACUGAGGGGAAAAAGUCAAAACUCCGGCAGCGCGGGGAAGACUUGCUGUUGCCUUGCAGAGCGAUCGCACAGCACAGUUAUCCAGCAGUGACAUGGUUAAUGGUGCCACAGCUACUUUAUGUAGACUUCUGAGUUUGCGGCGAUGGUUAAAUGUAAAGGAAUUUUAAGAAAAGAAAUCAUUGGAAAAAAUAAGAGCCUAUAACGGAUUUACAUAAAAAUGUAUGAAUGUAAACAGACGCUUCGAGACGUUAACCUUUCUAACUGCCCGAGGGGAUGCGGAAGGACGAAUGUAAGAACCUAAAUUAUUUAAAGAAGAAAAAUAGUGUUUUUCUUUUCAAACCAAAUGAUCUAUUUCUUCAGAUGUGCCUGAAACGAGGCGGGAGGUUUUCUAGAAUCUUUUUUUAUUUUCCGGUUUUAGCUAAUCUUUUAGUCCAGAACACUAUAUUUUAAAGAGGAAUCGGUACGGC